GGGAUUUCGUUAAAUUGCUGUUGGAGUUUUGGUAGUAUCAAUCUGAGAGUGAUAGAAUUCGAUCUCUUACCACUCAUUUGAGGGUAAGCAUUAUUUGAGAAAUCUUGUUUCUUCUUUGAUGCAGCCAAACAAUAGUGUUGCUCCCAGUUGCUUUAGAGUGCUGUGCGUAUUUGUGUUUUCCUCCAUUCUGCCUGUUUUGUCUUUUAAAAUAGUGGUAUUGGAAUUUAAUUUUGCAUUCUUGAUCGUCUCAUCAUGAGUUACAUGGUUUUUCUAUUUCACUUUCCCUUUUGUUUUCAUCAUUUCUUGGAUGGCUGCAAUGCUUCUGCAAUGAAAAUUAGGCUGGUUGGAUCUCAAAAUAAAUUUGUAGGAUUAAUAUUUUCUGGAUUCGCUGCAGAACCAUACUUGUAGGUUUUUUUUUUUUAUUUCUUUUUUUUUACCUUAUUCUGAUGACUAUGAAUAUUUACCAGGCCAUCUUAGUUCCAGUGUAACAAUCAAAUUCAUUUUGAACUUGUUUUCGGAUUUGUGCAUACAGUUUUCUUAUUUUUCUCAAUAUGUUUGUUCUUUUGUAGUUUUCUUGUUCCUUUGCAUUUGCCAGUCAAGCUUUCAUUAUUCCUUUUGUUGUUCAUGUGUGCAAACAUACUCUAUAGGUGAGGCAUAUACAGAACUUCAUACUCUUUUAAUUCUUCUUCAGGUUGAUCUUUUGGUAUGGCGGCAAUAUUGGCUUGUCAGAGCUGCUAUUGCCGCACUGAAGACAAAUUAAACCUUCGAAGCUCAAGACAAGAUCUUGGAUUCUUAGAUUCUUUAUCUGUAUGGAGUUCAUGGAACAUAGAAACAGGUUCGUCCAAUAUAUCGAAAGCUAAAAAGAGCUGUUGGCAUCAAGUUAUCAUGCAACAAAAGGAGGUCCGUGUAGAUUUAGGUACCAAUGGUAGGCCUAUUACAAUGGUACCUGCAAGUGAAGUAGCAAAGAGAAAGACACCAUUGGUAAAUAAUAAUGGUGCAGUAAAUGGUUCAAAAAGUUUAAGUAGUGGAGCAGGUGUAAAGAAAAAUGAACCAUCCGUGGACCAUGCAGUGAAUGGUUCAAGAAUGGCUGUGAAUGGAUCAGUUACUGGGAAUCGAGCAACCUUAGUGAAGAGAAAUUCUCCCCCACCCAUUAUUCAGGUGUCCAAAUCAGUUGAGCUCCCUCCUCUUGAAAAUCCAAGGGUUUUGCCUUCAGAUGAAGGCUUCAGUUGGUCAAGGGAAAAUUAUAAUUCUUGGCAAAGAACCAUCGAUGUUUGGUCUUUUGUUCUCUCAUUGCGUGUCCGGGUUCUCUUUGACAAUGCUAAGUGGGCUUAUCCAGGAGGCUUUACGGAAGAAAAGCAGAAAGCAAGAAGACGCAAAACUGCUUCAUGGUUACGAGAAUGUGUGUUGCAACUUGGACCUACAUUUAUUAAACUUGGGCAGUUGUCCUCGACAAGAUCCGAUCUGUUUCCCCGAGAGUUUGUGGAUGAGCUUGCCAAGUUGCAGGAUAGAGUUCCCGCAUUUCCGUCAAAGAAAGCGAAGGAAUUCAUCGAAAAGGAACUUGGAGCUCCAGUUCGUAUGAUAUUUAAGGAGUUUGAGGAAAUGCCAAUUGCAGCUGCUAGUCUUGGUCAGGUGCAUCGUGCAAUCUUACACAAUGGAGAAACAGUAGUCGUCAAAGUUCAAAGACCGGGCCUGAAGAAACUUUUUGACAUUGAUUUGCGCAACUUGAAGUUGAUUGCUGAAUACUUUCAGAAAAGUGAAACUCUUGGUGGUCCAACAAGGGACUGGAUAGGAAUCUAUGAUGAAUGUGCCAAGAUUUUGUACGAGGAAAUUGAUUAUAUAAAUGAAGGGAAGAAUGCUGAUAGAUUUCGCCGGGAUUUUAGGAAUAUAAAGUGGGUCCGAGUACCUUUGGUUUAUUGGGAUUACACAGCAACAAAGGUGUUGACACUGGAGUAUGUUCCAGGAGUUAAGAUAAACCAGUUGGAUAAGAUAGAUGCACGUGGUUUUAGUAGAACUCGGAUUGCAUCACGUGCUAUUGAGGCCUACUUAAUCCAGAUCUUGAGGACAGGUUUCUUUCAUGCUGAUCCACAUCCCGGAAAUCUUGCUAUAGAUGUCGAUGAAGCACUCAUUUACUACGAUUUUGGUAUGAUGGGAGACAUAAAGAGUUUCACAAAGGAGAGAUUGUUGGAACUUUUCUAUUCAGUUUAUGAGAAGGAUGCAAAAAAGGUAAUGCGCAAUCUCAUUGACUUGGGUGCGCUGCAGCCAACUGGGGACAUGUCAUCGGUGAGGAGAUCAGUGCAAUUUUUCUUAGAUAACUUAUUGAAUCAAACACCAGAUCAACAGCAAACUUUUUCUGCAAUCGGCGAGGAUUUAUUUGCUAUAGCAACAGAUCAGCCGUUUCGCUUUCCUUCAACUUUCACCUUUGUGCUCAGGGCAUUUUCAACUCUUGAAGGCAUUGGCUACAUACUGGAUCCAGAUUUUUCCUUCGCUAAGAUUGCUGCGCCAUAUGCACAGGAACUCUUGGAUAUGAGACAGAGGCAAAGGACUGGAACAAGACUUGUUCAGGAGUUGCGUAAACAAGCUGAUGAUGCCAGAACAUCCACAGUUUCCAUGCCUUACAGAAUUCAGCGGAUAGAAGAGUUUGUGAAAGAACUCGAGUCAGGAGACUUGAAACUACGAGUUCGAGUUCUGGAGUCAGAAAGAGCUGCUAGAAAAGCAACCAUAUUGCAAAUGGCCACCAUGUAUACAGUUUUAGGUGGCACCCUGCUGAACCUCGGGGUUACCUUUAGCAAUCAAGGCAGUCCAGUCAUAGCAAAUGGAUCUUUUGUUGGUGCAGGUGUCUUCCUCGCCUUGUUUAUGAGAUCAAUGCAAAGGGUUAAGAAACUCGAUAAAUUCGAGAAAAUGAUAUGA